CAACAACACAGUAACGGCGGUCCUGACGACAUGGCGAGAAACCCGGGAGAAGAUCUGCUGUAUUCUGCCAACAUCGGCUGCCUGGAAGGCGUCAAAGCAGCUAUGAAAGCUGGUGCAGACAUUAACUACACCCAGCAUGACAACGUCAUCACCGGCAGGGGAACGGCUCUGUUCAGCGCCUCCGUAUUCGGACAUGUAGAUGUAGUGAGGCUGCUGCUUCGCAAGGGGGCGUCUGUAUGGAAGAGAACCGACGGGACAUUAUCUUCUCCCCUUCAUGCAACGGCAAGCCGAGGGCACACAGAAGUGGUGGAGUUGCUGGUACAUCACGGUGCAACGUUAGACAUACGGGACGGUAUACAGGUGACGCCACUCAUGACUGCCUGCAUAUACAAGCAAGUGGACACGGCUCGGCGACUGAUCGAGCUCGGAGCAAGAGUUGAUCUGGCCGACCGUUUUGGCCGGACACCGCAGAGGUCCACCUUGAAGCUGUGUGGCCGGUGCAAGCUGACCCGGUACUGCAGCCGUGACUGUCAGAAACAACACUGGACUGUCGGACACAAGAAGUGCUGCGGACAUGACGCGUGUGCUGACAGUGCCAAAGUGACGACCACAGACUGCGGGGAGACUCUCCCCUGCGCCUGUGGAAACGUGCCGAGGAACACCGAGCUGCGAGCCAAGCACGCGCCGGUGGUGCGCCGCCUGGAGUGGGGCACGGCCGACCUGGAGGACUUCGGUGUACAACACUACGACUACAUCAUGGGCUCCGACAUAAUCUACAAGGAGGAGACCUUCCCGGACCUGCACAAGACCAUAUAUCAUGCACCUCGCCGGAGCGGAAACAGUUCUGUACCUCACCGGAAGGAUCCGGCUUUCAGCAGACGAAGACUUUCUGGACACGCUGAAACAGGAUUUCUACCUGAGCUGCGUUUAUGA